AUGGAGCAUCUUCAAAAUCAGGAAGACCAUCGUCCUCAGACAAAGAGGAAACGGCUUAAUGGCAAAUUACAUAUAUUGCAGCACUGUGAAGAUGUAAAGCGUAAAGACUGUUCUGUAUGUUCAAACAGAAAAAUUAACGGCGAAAGACGCCAAACUAAUUAUUUUUGCGACACAUGUUCUCGAAAACCAGGGCUUCAUAUUGGAAGAACUAUAAAAUAUAAUUUUUACAUAAAAUUAAAACAUAUUAUUGUAUGGCCUGUUUGCUGGGGAUGCAUGAACGAAAAGUAUGAAUGUGAUGUGAGACGUACAGCGUUGGCAUUGAGCGCUUUUCUUCUUGAAAAAGGAGAAAUUCGUGCGAGUUGGUGCAAAAAGUGAUCAUUUUGUGUUGCAUAAAAGAAUUAAUUGUGUCGUUUGAGUUUAUUCGAAUUAUUGUUAUUGCAUAAAAAAAUUAAUUGUGUCGUUUGAGUUUAUUCGAAUUAUUGUUGUCGGUGCUGUACAUCUUGCUUUUAUUAUUUGUUGUUUUGUUUCCGUUUUCUUUAUUAUUUAAUAUAACAUUAAAUUAUAUCUUUAUAGUAUGUAUUAUUGUUCGUUCAACGGAAUUAAUUUCGACCAGCAUAACACCUAUGUAUAAAUUUAAUACGACCGUAAAGAGUUAA